AAGAAAGCGAUAUUCAUGUAUAAUAUAAGAAGGCCGUGAAUCAGAUGCCAGAGUUGGGAAGUCGUAGUCGAAGGUGUACCCUUCCAACCCCCUUCUCUUCAUCUUGCUGCAAAAAUCGAACAUCUUCUUUUUCGGAAAGGGACCCACCACACACCCCACAUACCAUGGGACUACCUCUCUACAUAAACCAGUAUGAGCCCCCUAUUUAUUUACAAACAUUUUGGGCAGAGAUUGUGAGAUACAGAAGCCAAGAAUUGACAAAUGAUGGAUCCAGUGGGACCUUCCUGCGGUGUCUGUGGUGAACUUGUCGGGCUAAAUGAUAAAGGAGGCGUGUUUGUGCCUUGUCCUGGGUGCAAAUUCCUGAUUUGUAAUGCUUGCAUGGAUGCUGAGAUUAAGGAAGGUCGGGAAAUCUGCUUAUGCUGUGGCCACCCCUAUGGGAAUCCUAUGGCCAAAACCGACAACAGAACUCCUGAAAACCUUUCAACGCCGGCACCUUACAUGGAUAAUCCUCGGCAGGAUGUCAGAAAUGAUGCUAGGCAUGUAACGAACAUGCCUACAGUGGAUAACAAAGGCAAAGAUGAAACAGAGAAAGCAAUUUGGAAGAAUCGAUUGGAGAGCUGGAAGGAUAAGAAGAACCCAAGGAAAACAGCUCCAGAUGAGACUAAGACUGAAUCUGAAACUCCAUUGGAGCAAGAGAUGGAAGAGAAGCAAUCUGAAGAUGCUGCGGAGCUGCUCUCAACGGUUGUUCCAUUACCUCCCGGCAAGAUCAAACCCUACAGAGUCGUGAUGAUUCUGCGACUGAUUAUUUUGAUCCCUUUCUUCUAUUACCGAUUGACGAAUCCCGUUGAUAAUGCCUUUGGUUUGUGGCUCACUUCUGUAAUAUGUGAGAUUUGGUUUGCGCUCUCUUGGAUUUUGGAUCAGUUUCCUAAGUGGUCUCCGGUUAAUCGAACAACUUAUAUUGACAGGCUACAAACAAGGUAUGAAAGAGAGGGAGAACCAUCGGAGCUUGCAGCUGUUGAUUUCUUUGUUACUACAGCCGACCCAUUCACAGAAGCACCUCUCAUUACAGCCAAUACCGUUCUUUCGAUCCUUGCCGUGGACUAUCCCGUGGAUAAAGUCUCCUGCUAUGUUUCCGAUGAUGGUGCCUCAAUGCUCACGUUUGACUCUCUUGUUGAAACAGCCAACUUUGCUAGGAAGUGGAUCCCCUUUUGCAAGAAGUUCUCUGUCGAGCCCCGAGCUCCUGAGUUCUACUUCUCCCAUAAGGUGGACUAUUUGAAGGACAAGAUUCUCCCCUCCACUGUGAAGGAGCGAAGGGCGAUGAAGAGAGAGUAUGAUGAAUUCAAAGUGCGGAUUAAUGCUUUGGUGGCUAAAGCUCAGAAAACACCAGCAGAAGGUUGGACUAUGAAGGAUGGUACUCCCUGGCCAGGCAAUAAUUCGCGUAAUCACACGGGAAUGAUUCAGGUUUUCCUUGGGCAUAGUGGAGCCCAUGAUGUUGAGGGAAAUGAACUUCCUCGCCUCAUUUACGUGGCAAGAGAGAAGAGGCCUGAUUACCGAGAUCACAAAAAAGCGGGAGCAGAAAAUGCCUUGGUAAGAGUGUCAGGUGUCCUCACAAAUGCUCCUUACAUACUCAACCUUGACUGUGAUCACUACGUUAACAACAGCAAGGCAGUUCGUGAGGCAAUGUGUUUUCUGAUGGACCCACAAAUGGGCAAAGAUGUAUGCUUCGUGCAAUUUCCCCAAAGGUUUGUUGGCAUUAACCGAUAUGCCAACCGGAACACAGUAUUCUUUGAUGUUAACAUGAAAGGAUUGGACGGGAUUCAAGGACCGGUAUAUGUGGGCACGGGUUGCGUCUUCAAUAGGCAAGCACUUUAUGGAUAUGGCCCCCCUGGCAUGCCCCCUUUACCGAAUUCUUCCCCCAUGUCACUCUUGCGGGCUUUCCUUUGCUCUCGCUUUCGGACCAAGAAGCCCACCAAAGAUCUCUCCGAGGUCCUCCGAGAUGCAAAACGGGAAGAUCUGAAUGCUGCCAUAUUUAAUCUACGGGAUAUCGAGAAUUAUGAUGAGAAUGAGAGAUCAAUGCUGAUGUCAAAAAAGAGCUUAGAGAAGACCUUUGGAUCAUCUUCAGUGUUCAUUGAGUCAACACUGAUGGAAAAUGGACGAGUGGCUGAAUCUGCGAGCGCAUAUGCUUUAAUCAGGGAAGCAAUUCACGUCAUCAGCUGCGGUUACGAAGACAAGACCGAGUGGGGUAGAGAGAUUGGUUGGAUCUACGGGUCGGUGACUGAAGAUAUCUUAACAGGAUUCAAAAUGCAUUGCCGAGGAUGGAGGUCAAUCUACUAUAUGCCACCAGGGCCUGCAUUUAAAGGAUCAACGCCAAACAACUUGUCGGACAGACUGAACCAGGUCUUGAGGUGGGCGCUGGGGUCUGUGGAGAUCUUCCUCAGCAAGCAUUGUCCUCUGUGGUAUGGGUUCAGUGCAGGCCGUCUACAAUGGCUCCAGAGAGUGGCGUAUGUCAACACCAUUGUCUACCCGUUCACCUCAAUACCUCUGGUUGCUUACUGCUCAAUCCCUGCAAUAUGUCUUCUCACUGGAAAGUUCAUCAUUCCUUCGCUCUCAAACCUUGCAAGCCUGGUUUUUCUUGGCCUCUUCCUCUCCAUCAUUGUGACAAGCGUGAUGGAGAUGUGGUGGAGCAGCGUGAACAUCGUGGAAUGGUGGCACAAUGAGCAGUUUUGGGUGAUCGGGGGCGUCUCAGCCCACCUCUUUGCAGUUUUCCAAGGACUUGUAAACAUGUUGGGGGGCUUCAAAACCGACUUCAGAGUCACCGUCAAGGCCACAGAAGGAACGGAGCUAGGCGAUGAGCACUACAGCUUCAAGUGGACCGCUAUCUUAAUUCCUCCUACAACCCUCCUUGUUGCAAAUAUCGUCGGCAUUGUUGCAGGAUUCUCUGACGCGAUGAACAAGGGGUACGGAGCAUGGGGUGUGCUCUUUGGGAAGGUGUUCUUUGCCGUUUGGGUGAUCCUGCAUCUCGUUCCGUUCCUCAAGGGCCUCACGGGAAGGCAAGGCAGGAUCCCCACUAUCAUCAUUCUGUGGUCGGUUCUUCUAGCUUCGGUUUUCUCGCUUAUUUGGGUAAAGUUGGAGACGUUUGUGACCAGCGUUGAGCCUUCAACUAUCGCUCCAACUUGCAUCUCGAUCGAUUGCUGAUUCUUUUGCCUUGUAUUUUAUGGUAAUUGAAACAAAUAAUCUCUAUUAAGAGCACAAUGUGUUGUAGUGUCGAAUGUCAGGACGAGUUUAUUCAUUUCUCUUGUUUGUGAUCACCCAUAAUUAUAUAAAAGAAUAGGGUUAAUUUAA